AUUUGGCCUCCGCAGCUGGCUCCAUGACUGGCAGGUUGUCGUCGCACGUCGGCAUGCUUCCGACGCUGGCCUGUCAACCCGGCUUGCCAGCAGCAGCAGCAGCAGCAGCAGCAGCAGCACCAGGCCACCAUCAUCCGGAGCAGCAUCCGCAGUUGGGUCACGUGGCCGCCGCCGCCGCCGCCGCCGCCGCUGCCGCCGCCUCGAUGGGCAUGGAGUCCUCGGAACUGAUGGCGGUGGCUCAUUACCAGGCGCAACAACUGCAACGGCAGUUGUUGGCCGAGCAGUCAGGUCCGGGCACCACUAUGCUGCCGCCUACGUCUGCUCAGCCUACUGGUGGAGGCUUGAUGCAGCCGCAGGGACUCCAAGGGCAGCAGCCGGGCCAGCUUCAGCCGGGCCAGGACCCGCUACAGAGCUUGGUGCAGCAAUUACUCUGUCUACAACAGAUAGAGUAUUUCCUCGCGCAGCGCGGUCACAAAUGAUUACACUUAAUCAUAACCAUAAUAGGGAUUGUUUCGUGCGGGAGAAUGAGAGGAUCGGACCAGAUAACAACGUUUGGGACUCGAUGCGAGCGGGAAAACGUGUUUGUGCCGGUGCAAAAGUGUUCUGAUUCGCCGAUAGGUAAAUUUCGCGCCAAAUCAUUGUACAACCCGCUGACGCUGUUAAUGCUGCGAUGCUGUUGAGAAUGAAGACGAGGACGGAUAAUAUGCCGCGGCGGCAUCUGUUCGAGUUUGUAUGAUUUUUCUAAUUCUCGAACGGAGGGGAGGUAGCGCGGUGUCUCCGAAUUCACCACGACGUUAUACGGGAAGAUUGCGGAGAAACUGAAUGACGGAAGCGGCAGAAGAAAGGAGAAGAAGAAGAGCGGCAGUUGCACCCGUUUAUUCGUGGAUCGCUCUAUCGCUUCGAGGCACUGUGCGGACGGACGGCUAUCUCCAAAAUCAAGGAGAUCAAGUGUUUUUAGCGUGUGAUAAAAACUUUAUGUCAAAAAUUAUAUUAAAUAUGUGAAAGGUAGAACGAUGUGAAGGAAGUAAAGAAUCAUUUACGGAUGAAGAAGUAAGAAAAAGGAAUGUUAAUGCCACGCGCGUCAGAGACGAUUGUCCGCUCUGAUGCGACCUGUGAAUGAAUCUCUAUCCGUCAACAGUAUUGAUAUAAUUAAUAGAGUAAAUGAAUAUAUAUAAAAUAUUGUAAGAACUAUAUCGUAAGUACGUAUUUGUGCAAACGUCAGUGUGCAAGUUAAAUAGAAUGAAUGGUGUGACAGUAGUUCGGGGUAUAUGAAAGAGAGAGAGAGAGAGAGAGAGAGAGAGAGAGAGAGAGAGAGAGAGAAAGAAAAUAAAUGUGAGAGGAUAUGAGUGAGUAAAACUGGAAACAGAAAAAGAGUGAGGAAGAAAAAGCGAUAGAGUCACCUUCGACUCAAAGAUUUUUAAGCGCGGGAACCGACCGAAUGUCAAUGCAUAGCCUCGUUGAUUGUUCCGAGGACUCGUAGAAUUUUAUCCUUUAUUACUACUAUACAUAAUAAUUAUUUGACGAACCACGAAAAGCGUAAGAAUAUUUUGCACACUAAAUAUAUAAGAAAGACUUCGUUCCAAAGGUUCAACAUGGUUGGUAUAUAUAACAUAAGUGUAAAAGCUUUCUCAAAACCGAGACAAGACACGGAAUCAAUUCCCACGGUGCAGGAAAAAAAUUGUCAAAGCAUUUUUAACAUUCGUGUAAACAAGCCUCGUGUUUUAUGUUUAGAAUACAUUACGGUACGACACGUAGCACAGCACGUACCCACGUCUCACGAAUUAUAUAUGUGAGUUCUAACUUUUAUAUCUAUGUGAAUACUUUACGUUCACUAAUCUAAUUGUGUUUUGAUCUUCUAAGAGAGAUUCUUUUCAACGAAAAUAUUAGGAUCUUAUUCAUUUUAUUCGAUACAUAAGUUAUGCGCGUGGUGAUUCGAUAUUUCAUACAAUGUAUUGUCAGAUGAAAGUACAUAAAU